GCAACUGACAGUUAAAGCGCACAGUACCUAGGUAGCUUGACCAAUCAGGGCUUUUUUUGAGUGUGUAUCACCAUGCCAUUAAAUGCCAUUAUUUCCCGAGGUCGCCUUCUAUUUCGAAAAAACAAAAAAACAAAAAAAAGCUAUCACCGCCCAUCUUCUUUACUCGGUAAAAUAAUCCUUCAUUUUAGAAUCGCCCCUCUUUUGCGAAUCAAAUAACCAAAGCUAGAAGAUCGAUUCCUCUCCAAUAAUUUCGAGGUCGGCAAUACUUAUGAGUUUACGAAUUUGACGAAAGCGAUGAGUGGUAAUCUAAAAGGCAAGGGCAAGGGCCGCCGCGGACGGAAUCAGGACGAAGAUUCCACCGUAUCACCUCCGCCUUCCGGAGCCCCGGGAUAUAUGACCGUCGGGAACGGUUCCUCCCAGUAUGCUUCACGACUACAAUCACUUAUAGACGACGACUCUGGCUAUGGCGGUAGUAUCGCGGGAGACGAUAUCGGUUCGUCUAGGCGACAAGUUGGGUCUCCACGAACUGGCCCCUCCUUCUCGGGCGACAUGCCGCUACAACGUCGUUCUUCUGGGAGUCCGGACUCUGAACACCGAAAGGAGGCAGCAGCUAUUCACCAAAUGUGGUAUAACCAGCAUCGCUCAUCUUUAAAUCGCGCUAUCAGUAAAGUUGUCGAACUCCUUAAAACUCUCCAAGAGACAAACAUCACAUGGCCUGCGCAUUAUCCUUCCGUUCAGCGAGCCGAAAGGGCGUCUCCCGACCGGUCCGUUCCUCGUCCGGGAAUACGACACACCUCUACUAUGGGCCCGGAGCCCUCUUCGCGCCGCUCACGACCGUUGCGACGAUCGAUGACGGCGACAGAUGAGUACGACACUGCAGAAUCCAGUAGGGACGCUGGGAACAAGAGCAUAGCAGAAAUGCCGAGAUUGGUUUCGCCGCAGAUUGCCAGGGAGUUUUCCAUUCUGAAGCUGGACCUCAAGUUAGGCGGCUUACACCAGACUGAGCUUGUUCAUUCCCUUGAGAAAGGAUCCAUUGCCGCAUUGCUGGAUGGAAAGAUCAGCUCUAGCAUCAAACAUCUGCAGCUACUACGUGAGAGAAUCGAGGAUACAUCUAGCAAGGUUUUGGUAACUGGAGACCUUAACGCCGGAAAGUCCACCUUCUGCAAUGCGUUACUGCGCCGAAAGGUCCUCCCAGAAGACCAACAGCCGUGCACUAGCAUUUUCUGUGAAGUCUUGGAUGCAAGGGAGAACGCUGGGAUCGAAGAGGUUCACGCCGUCCAUCAAGAUGAGAUUUACAACCGACACGACGAAUCGACUUAUGACGUUUUCCCCUUAAGCGACUUGGAGGAGAUUGUUCUCGACAAUGUCAAUUACAUGCAGUGUAAAGUUUACAUCAAGGAUGUGCGAACGAUUGACGAAUCCCUACUCAAUAACGGCGUUGUCGAUAUUGCUUUGAUCGAUGCGCCGGGUCUCAAUUUCGACACUACUAAGACGACGGCUGUAUUUGCUCGUCAAGAAGAGAUUGACGUAGUUGUUUUCGUUGUCUCCGCCGCAAAUCAUUUUACCCAGUCUGCAAAAGAGUUCAUCCAUGCUGCCGCGGCGGAGAAAGCAUAUAUCUUCAUGGUAGUCAACGGUUACGAUCUCAUCCGAGACAAAGAGCGAUGCCAGAAGAUGAUUUUGGAUCAGGUAUACGGUCUAAGCCCCCGUACAUUCAAGGAGUCUACCGAACUGGUGCACUUCGUAUCCAGUAAUGCUAUCCCUACGAUUUCACCUCCUGGCGGUCUGGAUGGAGGAGGUAGUGGCAGCUCGAGCGGUGGUGGUGGUGACGACCCUGAUUAUGACCCUAAAGGAAAAGGCAAAGAUAAGGAAAAGGUUCGGGACUUCGAGAAGCUUGAACAGUCCCUAAGGCGGUUCGUCUUGGAAAAGCGAGCACGGUCCAAGCUUGCGCCUGCUAGGACUUACCUUCUCAACAUCCUCAAUGAUGUCAACGUCCUUGCUACUGUCAAUGCCGAGAUGGCUACAUCCGAACUCGAGCGGGUGAUGAGCGAAUUGGAUGAGAUUGAGCCCCAGCUAGAAGCUUCAAGGAAAGCAAAAGCUGAAGUGAGCGAACAAGUGGACCAGACCAUCGAAGAGACAUGCAAAGAUAUUUACGAUCACACCCGAAGCACUCUCAACUCAGCUAUUGCUCAAGCUGGUGAAGGUAAUUCUGGUGUACCUUACCCAGGUUUAUUCCACGUUUUCGAUUACGCCGAAGACUUGAAAGAAGCAAUGCUGUCUCAGAUUUCAGAGUCAGUUGCGGCUUGUGAGGAGUAUGCGCGGACGAAGACUGUUGGUGGCGUAAACAUGAUCAAGCAGCUUGGCAUUAUGCACCUUGGCAAUGAAUAUCACGAUCUUAACUUCCGCUCAGACGUUAUGUUCCGAAGAAGACGUGACGCCUUGGCCAAACAAGUCGACGUGCCUACCGAGGUAUGGGACUUCGUCGACUGGUCUACUCUUAUGCAACGUCAAGAGAAAUUGGCUGGUACUGGAAUGGCUUUAACUGUUGCCACUGCCAUCGGUGGACGGCUAGUUGGCGGUAUGGGAUGGAUGGACCAUACCCUAAAUAUAGUGAAGAUUGUUGGAAAUGACAAUCUUCGAAGAAUGAUUGUCCCUGGUUUGGUCCUAGCAGUCGUCUCAGCUGCAGCUUACGUUGUGCAGCAAAUACCGCAUUCACUACCUCACCGCCUGUCUGAAAAGAUUUCAGCGCAGCUAACAGCAAUUGACUACGUCCACACAAACAGCAACCGCAUCUCUAGUUCGGUUCGGAAGGUACUCCGCUAUCCUGCAGACAAUCUCCGAGUUGCCUUGACGCGCUCUUGCGAACAGCUCGGUAAGCGUCAAGAGGAGACUCUGAAGGUGCGGGGCGAAAGCGAAGUAGCGCUCAAGUAUUUCGGGAACUUGGUCCGCGAGAGUGCUCACCAGCGCAGCUUAGUCGAAGAGAUAGAUCUCGACGCACACCCCUCCGCCGGCAUAAACAUUGCUUGAGGCAAGACAAAUCUAUCUGCGUACGGUACGG